UUUUCUAUCUCUAGCUCCCAUUUUCCUUAUAUCUUUAUUUUUUCCCUUUCUUCAAACUUUUACUACCAAACCGGCCACCGUCGCAAUUACGUUCAUUCUCCAAAUCUUUAUUCUCCAAAUCUCUAUUCUCCAAAUCAUUCUAAAUAUUCCUUCCAAAUCUUCAAAGGCCAUAAGACCAACCUCCUGACUCCUCAGUUUUCAAAACCCUGACAACCUUCUCCUCCAUAUCAUCGUUUCCAAACCUGAGCUUCAGAAUCCCGAACUCGCCGCAUAACCCCACCCUGAACAACCUCUCGUUGAUCUCUCUCCACAGACUUUCAGCGACGCCAGAGUCUAGUUCCCUAACCCCGACGACGCCACCGAGGUUUUCGUUGAUGGAUAUCCCGUUAAAAUUCUUAAAGAACCGACCUGCAUAGUUUAUUGUGAAAUUUUUGGAUGAUAAACUUGGUGCGAGUAAUAAGGGUACUUUAGUAGAGGAAUUAGAGGGUACACUUGAUAAAGUACUUGUUUUAUUCAGGUUCAUCCAGGGAAAGGAUGUGUUUGAGGCAUUUUAUAAGAAAGAUCUUGCUAAAAGACUACUAUUAGGAAAAAGUGUUUCUAUUGAUGCUGAGAAAUCCAUGAUCUCCAAGGUUAAGACCCGUCAUUGUGUGACCUGGAUAAGAAAGAAUAUUUGAAUUGUCUAAAGGUUGCUGGAAACAAGUCUGAAAUUUGUAGGGAAUUCUCAAAAAAAUAUCUCCAAUGUCGUAUGGAAAACUGUGGCAGCUUCUCUCUAUUGCUCAUUGUCGUCGCCGUCGUCAUUCCAAACCAUAAAAGGAGUGAUAUAUCAUCUUGACAAUGAGGGUUUUCAAGAAGAGAAAAAUGAAGAGAUUCAUUACAUCGCACAUUUGAGGUUGUUGAUAUUUGGAACAGAUUUUGAUAUGGAAAGGGAAAACUGGAACGAGAAUAAUAACAAUAACAAUAAGAAUGGUUAUUAUGAGAAUCAAUUGCUGUGUGAUUAUGAUCGAGAAUCACUUACGAUGCCUUCUUCUUUAUCUUCAUCUCCUCCUAGACUUGGAUAUAUUGAACAUCGUGUAUCCAAAUUUGAUACCUUGGUAGGCAUUGCAAUCAAGUAUGGUGUUGAGGUUACAGAUAUCAAAAGGAUGAACAGCCUUGUUACAGACCAUCAGAUCUUUGCGCUUAAAACUGUUCAAAUUCCAUUACCUGGAAGGCACCCUCCAUCUACUUGUUUAUCAAAUGGUUCCAGUACUCCUGGGCAUGACUCUACUCACAGUCCACCUGAUAACACGCACCGUGAACUGCUUGAAUCAUUCCAGUCCGUAAGAUUAAAGUCUUCUGACCAGAAGGUCUCCCCAGCCAUGAGCUCAUUACAGGGUUAUUAUGGACUUAAAGUUCCCUCUAAUUCCUCAGAAAAUGGUUCAUCAUCCAAGAACUCGUCUAUGUCUGACCGACCCCUGAGCCGUCACCGAAAAUCCAAAAGUUUGGUCAAUGUUAUCUUGGAAGAGAUUAUGGAAAAGGUUGAUACUGCACCAGCUGCAGAAAACUGGGAACUUAGCUCUGAUAAAUGGAAUGAGAAACUUGGCCAGAGACGUCAGAAAUCUGAAGCUGACUUUACAAGGAUACCGGAGUUGAUUCUGAGGGAGGAUAAUAGCAGCAGUGGUGGUCUUCCUUCACGAACAGGAAUGGGCUUAGCUCUGAGACAAAAAGCAGCUAGCCGAACUGCCGCAACAAUUGAUUCUGAAUCAAGUGGAUUGGUUCCUGUGCCAAUGACUUUGGGGGAUGGUUUUCAAACUGAUUAUUCAUAUGGUGUCAGGAAAUCAUCCAGUACAUCUUGUUUGCAAGAUCAAGAUAACUGCGGCUCCUCAUCCAUUUGGCCGUCCACGAUGUGGAAUUUGAAACCAGAUUUACAGGCCCUUUCAACUGCAGCCAUUGGAAAACCGAUCUUUGAUGGCUUGCCUAAGCCGAUAACUGGUCGAAGGAAUAAAGCUGCACUUGAUUAAUAUAUAAUUAUUUAUCAAAACAAUUUUGAUCCUUUUUUGUGAGUCAUGGAACCAUUAGCUGCCACACCAAUGGGUAGAUUGGAGAAGUAAAACAAUGUAGCAUGGAAAAAAAAAAAUCAAACAUCAGAUUUUAUCUAUCUCUGAAUAGGAAAAUAUUUUUUAUGCUAAAAAAUACUUCCAAUUUAUUUAUUUUUAAACAGUAUUGGGUGCCCUUGUGGCCAUAAAUGUAGGAAUGAGGAUCUUAAACAUUACCAUUCACCCAGUUUUUGUAUAGUCAUAGUGAUACUUUUAGGAAACGGAUUUCGUGUGGUCAUUGACAAAGA